CAAUCACACGAGUCAAGAAGGAAAUUAAUGGCGCCUCGGGCCCUCGUGUAUAUACAUGUGUAUGUGCACUAGCUGUCAGUCCAGCCAGGACGCCUCAUCCGUAAGCAUUGAGCAUUCCGAGGAUAGAGACUAGAGAGUGGUAGCUAGCGGCCGGUCAUGGAGGGCGGCGCGCACGGGUUCGACGGCUCGGCCUUCCGGGAGUGCUUCUCCCUCUCGUGGCGGAACCCCUACGUCCUCCGCCUCGCCUUCUCCGCCGGCAUCGGCGGCCUCCUCUUCGGCUACGACACCGGCGUCAUCUCCGGAGCACUGCUCUACAUCCGGGACGAUUUCCGCUCGGUCGACAAGAACACAUGGCUCCAGGAAAUGAUCGUGAGCAUGGCGGUGGCCGGCGCCAUCAUCGGUGCGGCGGUCGGCGGCUGGGCCAACGACCGGUUCGGGCGGCGCACGUCCAUCCUCGUGGCCGACCUGCUCUUCUUCGCGGGCGCGGUGGUCAUGGCGUCGGCCACGGGGCCCGUGCAGCUCGUGGUCGGCCGCGUCUUCGUCGGUCUCGGCGUCGGCAUGGCCUCCAUGACGGCGCCGCUCUACAUCUCCGAGGCGUCGCCGGCCAGGAUCAGGGGCGCGCUCGUCAGCACCAACGGCUUUCUCAUCACAGGCGGCCAGUUCUUGUCCUACCUCAUCAACCUCGCCUUCACCAAGGCGCCGGGCACGUGGAGGUGGAUGCUCGGAGUCGCCGGACUCCCUGCCGUCUUCCAGUUCGUCCUCAUGCUCUUCCUCCCCGAAUCUCCAAGAUGGCUUUACAGAAAGGGGAGGGUGGAUGAAGCAGAGGCGAUCCUGCGGAAGAUAUACACGGCAGAGGAGGUGGAGAGGGAGAUGCAGGAGCUGAAGGAGUCGGUGGAGGCGGAGGCGCGGGAGCAGGGGUCGACGGAAAAGGUAAGCCUGGCGGCGCUGGUGAAGACCAAGACGGUGCGGCGAGGGCUGGUGGCCGGCGUGGGGCUGCAGGUGUUCCAGCAGCUGGUGGGCAUCAACACGGUGAUGUACUACAGUCCGACCAUCGUGCAGCUCGCCGGAUUCGCCUCCAACCAGACGGCGCUCGCGCUCUCGCUGGUCACCUCCGGCCUCAACGCGCUCGGCUCCAUCGUCAGCAUCUACUUCAUCGACCGCACCGGCCGGAGGAAGCUGCUGGUCAUCAGCCUCGUCGGCGUCAUCGCCUCACUCGCCCUGCUCUCCGCCGUGUUCCACGAGGCCACCUCCCACUCCCCCGCCGUCGGCGCCGCCGAGACCAGCCACUUCAACGGCUCGCUAACCUGCCCGGACUACCGGACGAGCGGCAGCUCCGCCUGGGACUGCACCCGCUGCCUCAAGGCCAGUUCCACGGAGUGCGGCUUCUGCGCGUCCGGCGCCGGCAGCAAGCUCCUUCCCGGCGCGUGCCUACUGUCCAAUUCCACGGUGCGCGACACGUGCCACGGCGAGGACCGGCUGUGGUACACGCGCGGGUGCCCGAGCCAGUACGGAUGGCUGGCCAUGGCGGGGCUGGCGCUGUACAUCGCCUUCUUCUCGCCCGGGAUGGGGACGGUGCCGUGGAUCGUCAACUCGGAGAUCUACCCGCUGCGCCACCGCGGCGUGUGCGGUGGCGUGGCAGCGACGGCGAACUGGGUGUCGAACCUGGCCGUGGCGCAGUCGUUCCUGUCGCUGACGGAGGCGAUCGGGCCGGCGUGGACGUUCCUCAUCUUCGGGUGCCUGUCCGUGGCGGCGCUCGCCUUCGUGCUCGUCUGCGUGCCGGAGACCAAGGGGCUGCCCAUCGAGGAGGUGGAGAGUAUGCUGGAGAGGCGGGAGCUUAGGCUUAAGUUCUGGGCACCGCGCGCCCACACCGCCGGCGAGCUGCCGGGCGGCGCCAAGAAAGACGGCGUGUGAGUGUCAUCCGCACCCGCUUCAUGUAGCGCGCGAACCAGACAAUGUGUAGCGAUCCGUGAAAUUUCGGGUCAUGACUCAUGGCACUUACAAGGCCCGGCUAAUUGGGGUCUGAAUUAAUAGUGUACUUCAAAGGAUCCUUGUCAACUGCUCGUUUCUUUUGGCUCCCAAUGUUUGGGGCUGGAAGUUACUUCUGAUUCCGGAGAAUCAACUUGUGUCACGAAACUAAAA